CGGCCGGGCCUGCGAGCCGAAUGAGCGGAGCCUGGCUUGGGGUGCUUGCCUGAUACUGUGCCGAGCAACCUUCCUCUUCCUUAGCGGUGUUCGGCGUUCGCAGCGUUACCCUCCCGCGGGGAAGCGACGCGCAGCCCAUGGAGCCGCGGGGGAUCGUCAAGGCCUUUCCCAAGAGGAAGAAGGUGAGGGAUGACUCGGGGAAAAGCAUCCCUCCAAAGAUCACCAAAGAGGAAGGAGCAGGGGUACCUGAGGCAGAGUGGCUGAAACCAGUCACUGCCUAUGUGUUGCGAGCUGGCAUUGGCCAAGCCAGGGCAGAGAUCUUCCACAAGCAAAUUGUCCAGAAUGGGGGUCGGGUCCACGCCCACCUCUCCUCGGAGGUGACGCACGUCAUAGUGGCUGAAGACAUGGACUGUGAUCGUGCCUUUCGGCUCCUUAAGUUACCCAAGCUACCUUCAGGGUUGCAGCUAGUGAAGGCAUCCUGGCUAAGUGCUUGCAUUAGAGACCAGAAGCUGCUGAGUACCACUGGCUACAGUGUCUUUAUCCCUUGCAGGUACCUGGAGGAGGGAGAACUGCAAAAACAGCAGCAGCAGAAGCUCCUGGCUAGCAAAGAGAUCCAGCCCCAGUCAGGGGACGGAGCUGUGAAACCAAAGGCUGAAGCACGCUUGGGAGAUUCCUUGCCGCAAACCCUGGGCAUAGCUGCUUCCGAUGAUGAAGACAGCGAAGGAGAAGAUGCUAGCGUCACCCAGGGAGAUCUGGAAGCACUGAUUUCUGGCUGCUACCCUGUGAAAUCAUCAGAGGAGACUAGUGACAGCUCUUCCACAGUGGCCCAGCCUACCAGCAAGUGGGUUUGUGCUCGGUCCUCCAACAGCAAGAAGGAGAAUCACAACCAGUUUAUCACAGAGAAGCUGGAAGUGCUGGCAAAGGCCUAUUCUGUCCAGGGGGACAAGUGGAGAGCUCUGGGCUACUCCAAAGCCAUCAAUGCACUCAAGAGCUACCACAAACCAGUCACGUCCUACCAGGAAGCCUGUAAAAUUCCUGGGAUUGGGAAGCGGAUGGCAGAGAAGAUUUUGGAGAUCUUGGAGAGUGGGCAUCUGCGCAAGCUGGAUCACAUCAGUGAGACCGUGCCCGUGCUGGAGUUGUUCUCCAACAUUUGGGGAGCAGGGGUCAAGACAGCCCAGAUGUGGUACCAACAGGGUUUCCGGACGCUGGAUGAUAUCCGCACCAAGGCAUCUCUCACCAGCCAGCAGGCCGUGGGACUGAAGCACUAUGCGGAUUUCCUGGAGCGCAUGUCUCGAGAGGAAGCUGCAGAAAUAGAACAGACUGUCAGACAAGCAGCCCAGGCCCUGAACCCUCGGCUUGUGUGUGUGGCAUGUGGCUCCUACCGUCGAGGGAAGGCCACCUGUGGAGACGUGGAUGUGCUGGUCACUCACCCCGAUGGGCAGUCUCACCGUGGGGUGUUCAGCAAGCUGCUCGACAGCCUCCGCAGGAGCGGCUUCCUCACAGACGACUUGGUGAGCCAGGAGGACAACGGUGAUCAAAAGAAGUACUUGGGGGUGUGUCGUCUACCCGGGCCAGCCCGGCAUCAUCGGCGCCUGGACAUCAUCGUGGUGCCUUACAGCGAGUUCGCCUGUGCCCUGCUCUACUUCACCGGCUCGGCUCACUUCAACCGCUCCAUGCGGGCCUUGGCCAAGACCAAGGGCAUGAGUCUGUCAGAGCACGCCCUCAGCUCAGCUGUGGUGCGAGGCCCUGGCGGUGUCAAGGUGGGGUCUGGCCAUAUCUUACCUACCCCUACUGAAAGAGACGUCUUUGUUCAGCUGGGGCUGCCUUACCGGGAGCCCUCAGAACGGGACUGGUGACACACUGUUGUCACCCAACCCCCUGUACCUGGUGUAGUGCCACUGCUUUGAAGGAUGCUGACUCCCCUGGUGCUGCACUGUGGUGACUGUUGUGUCCCUCCCGAAACAGGCUCCUCGCUAGUGCGCAGCCUUGCUGCUAGCAGAGCUUUGUGGCUUUACCCAGCAGAGGGCGUGGGCUGGGACCAUGCUGGAAGUGCUGCCUGAUGCUACAUGCAUGCUUUGAGGCGACCAGCUCUCAGGCAGAGCCUGGCUACCAAAGAGAGCUGCUGCCUUCCGCUACCCUAGCGUGAUUCUCCCACAUAUCCCCGGGGAAGCUUCAGAAGGUUGGGCUGGAGAGCCUUGUGAUCUAACCCUUCUCAGUGCAUGGGAAUGGAGGAAGUGGGAUGCAUCUCUCUCUAUGCCUGAACCCAAAAAUCGCUGGCCUGGUCUUGAAACAGGCCUUCCCCCUUCUCAGUGCUGCUGGCAAAUGCUGCUGCAGGGAUUGAAAAGCAUCCCCGUGCUGCUGCUGUGUCCUCCCUCCAUCUGAGCUGGCUGGGUUCAGCGAGAUGGGUCCUCUGGUGGGUCUCGCUGCGUGGGCUGGGCUGCUGUGACUGCCACCGGUCUUCCCUGGUGCUAGGUAAGGCUUGGGGGAGGCUUACCAUGCUGUGCCCGCUUGCUCCCAGCCCAGCAUGUCCUGGGGAUCUCCGUUACAGAGAGCUGUGAUUCCCCCCAUCUAGGCCUGAGUGCUCCACAGUUUCCCCUUUCCUCCAAGUGCGGGGGGGGAAACGUGAACCUCGUGGCUCAGGGAGGCCAUGCUCAGGAAGGGUUUGAAUGUAACGGCACUGAGUGUAACCUGGCAUGUCUGUGUGUUUGGUGUGUAUGAGGCCUGGAGGCAACGGGAGGCAGCAAUGAGCAUGAGGAGAUGGCUCUGGUUUGGGCAAAGCAAAGUUGACCCGUUUUGUAUGUGUGGAGGCAGGCCAGGGAGUCACCUGCUCUUGUUGAUCAGAGAAGUGAGGGGUGUGUGUGUGUUUAUGUGUGUGUGUAUGUUUGUGCAUAAACGCACGUGUGUGCUAACCCCUUUGAUUCCAAGGGAGUAAAUUUUAUUCCUCAGGAAACCUCAAUUAUUUUUAUAUUCUGGAGAUGAAUUUCCUAGAUAUUUUCAGUGCUCAGUCUUUGUUGCGGGUGUUGCAGCGGUUCCUCCUGGCAGAGAUACUGCUCUGAGGCAUCUGCUGCCAGGGGGGCAAUGGGUGCGUGUUUCUGUGGUGGGACUGCAGGGCUCCUGCUGGCCUUUCUCCACCAGGACCUGGCCUGGCCUCCUGCUCCCAUGUCUUGUGGGGCACCUGGCCACCCCCACUCUGUCCUCUGCUGUGCCCGAGACAUGCAGCAGGGAUAAGCUGCAAGUUUGUUGCCAGGGCAUGCACAAGGGCAUUGAACCUGGCGGUUUUGCUCAGUUUCCCUCUGCACUGUCAGGUGUGGCUGUUGGGCGCCAGCAGCGGGGCUCGGGUGUUUGCUGGGGAGGCCUCGACCCAGGGAGUGUCUUUUGUCAGCUCAGCUGCUCUCCCGAAUAUCUGAUGGAAGUGAAUGUCUUUUGGCAUGUUUUGGUGCUUUGAAAAUGGAUAAUAAAUUCCUCAUCUUUUUAUCUAUGA